CUCUCUUUCUCUCUCUCCUUCUCUUUCGCUCCGUCUGUCUCCUCCGUCUGUCGCUUCGCGGACGGUACGACGCACGCUCCCUUUCUUGACGUAUCCCCGCCGCGACCGUCGGAGAUCCUCAGUCGCGCGGUAAAGGACGUCGCGCGAGCUUCAGAGUCACAGGUCGUCUGAGAAGAGGAGGACGUAAAAGAUGGCAGAGGACAAGAACGAGACCAGCCCGAGUGCCGAGGGCGAGAAGCCGCCGCAGGAAACGACGGCGGCGUCACCGCCGGCCAAGGAAGAGCCGGCGAAGGAGCGUAAGGAGGACGAGAAGAAGGUCGAGGAGAAUGGCGAGGGCGAGAAGCCUAAGGAGAACGGCGAGGAGAAGACUACGCCGGAGCCGAAGGAUAUGCGGGCGAUCGUGCUCAACGGUUUCGGCGGCCUGAAGAGUGUCAAGGCCCUGAGGAAGCCGGAGCCCGCCCUCGGCGAGGGAGAGGUUCUCAUACGCGUCAAAGCCUGCGGAUUGAACUUCCAGGAUUUGAUGGCCAGGCAGGGCGCGAUCGACUCGCCUCCGAAGACCCCGUUCAUCAUGGGCUCGGAGUGCGCGGGCGACAUCGAGCAGGUCGGCGAGGGAGUUGAGAAUUUCAAAGUAGGCGAUAGAGUGGUCGCCCUUCCCGAUCACAAAGCGUGGGCGGAGCUGGUCGCCGUGCCGGCGACGUCCGUUUUCGCGCUACCGCCCGGGAUGAGCUACCUCGACGCGGCCGCCAUCACCAUGAACUACACCGUGGCUUACAUCCUGCUUUUCGAGCUGGCCCAUCUCACACCCGGCAAGAGCCUGCUGCUCCACAGCGCCGGCGGCGGUGUGGGUCAGGCGGUAGUUCAGCUCGCGAAAACCGUGAAAGACGUGACCAUCUUCGGCGUCUGCAGCAAAUCCAAGCAUGAGGCUCUCAAAAACGCCGGAACCAUCGACUACCUUCUGGAACGCGGAGCAGACUAUAGCAAUGAAGUCAGAAAAAUUUCUCCGGAAGGCGUGGACAUCGUUCUAGAUUGUCUAUGUGGCGAAGAAUGUAACAAGGGCUACGCCCUCUUGAAGCCAAUGGGCAAGUACAUCCUUUAUGGAUCCAGCAACGUCGUCACUGGGGAAACUAAAAGCUUCUUCUCCGCGGCACGAUCAUGGUGGCAAGUUGAUAAGGUCUCACCUAUAAAGUUGUUCGACGAAAACAAGACAUUGUCCGGAUUGAAUCUACGCCAUUUGAUGUACCAACAUGGUAGCCACGCGUUUGUCCGACGGGCGGUGAAUCAAGUGUACACGUUGUGGAGCGAGGGCAAGAUCAAACCAGUGGUGGAUUCAACAUGGGCGCUGGAGGAUGUGCCUGAGGCCAUGCAAAAAAUGCACGAUCGCAAGAAUAUCGGUAAGAUCGUGUUGGAUCCAAGUCUGGAGCCGAAGCCCAAACCAGCUACGCCGGCUAAGGGCAAAGCGAAAGACAAGAAGGCCGCGAAUCAGGAGGAGAAAAAGGCGUCUAGCGUAGAGUCGGAGGAAGGGGAAAAGAAAAAGGAGCCCGAGUUGACAAACGGUACCUCAGAAGACAAAUCUGAUAGCGAUUCGAAAGAAAAGGAAUCUAGCUGAAUUAGCGGUAAUAUAAAACUAUAAGAAAGAUACCCAUAAACAUCAAGAAUUCCUAGGAAAGAUCCAUCGCUAUUGUCCGAGAGAAGUCGAAUUUGACUUGAGUAAUCCAUGAAUAAUAUCGCGUAGAAUUUAUAUGCAGAUGAUUUAUAACGAGAGAAACUGUAAUUCAUAUCGUAUGACUUAAUAGUAUAAUGGGGAGGAAAGAUAAUUCUUGGAUCUGUUACCUAUGCAGAACAUGAAAUUCAAAAUCUGAAAUUUAACGAGUAAUUGAUUGCUUGCACUGUAAGCUAUACACUGCUUUCCUUUUAAUAUCAAAACGGAUGCUCCUCCCUUUAUCGUUUAUCAUCUGCAUGUAUCUAUUAUACUCAUAUAUGCGCCGAGAUUAUAAGAUCGUGCGAGUAACGAGUGAAGGCGAAUCAACCAGCAUAUUGCAUAAGGACGAGAGAAUCAACCAAAUAGAAAUAACAAUCUUGAUGCGGUCCACAGUAGUUUACAGAAUCUAAGAACGUUAUGUUUAUUUUUUCACACCGACCAAAUGGUUAAUUUUGCGAGGAGUUAAGUAAACAAUUGUUGGAUAUCAGAUAGUCAUUACGCAGCUUGGCUUCUUUAUAUCGUUAUCAUCAUCAUUUUGGAAAACUGAUCUAAGUUUUCCGUACUUAUGGAACAAUAGACCUCAUAGAGACGACAUAAUAGACAUGUAGGCAGUUUAAGAACUAUACGUUGUCCAACAACUAUCUACUUGGCUCUGUCUAUUUGUAUCGAAUACUAUCGCUGCUAUUACGAUAUAUACUAACACAAUCUCUUACAUUAAUAUAAUAUUACCUCUAUUUGUAAUUUAAUGGGAUAAAUAACAUAUUGCGCUAGAAUUUCUGUGAAGUUAAACACUGAACGCCGCGGGGCUGCAUUACUUUCGUAUGUAAAUUUUAUGUAUUAAAGAUGUUUUUAUGCCACCUUAUUGUUCAUCGUGAUGCUUUUGUCACGAUGGAAUAUCCUUUUAAAUUUUAACGAUAGUCAUGAAAGUCAAGAAUAAUAUUUAGCAUUACAUAUAUGUGGAGCAUUUCGCUGGGAUUUAGACACUCUUUUUUCAUACUCUUUCAUACUUCGUAAUUUUUAUGUAAAAUUAAUUGUAGAUUUCAGAAUUAAUUGUAGAUUUUCCUAUGCAAAAAUUGAAAAGUUAAAAAAAAGAUUACAAGUGUCUAAAUGUAACUGCCUGAAAAUCUAUUGCAGUCUGUAUUUUUCUAUAAUCGGGAUUUUAAUCUCUUUCUUCAAAUCAUUGUGUAAUAAUAACGAUAUGUACUGAUCUCUGCAACGAUAUGUCAACGAGAUGCUUUCGAGAUAUUUUAAUUAAGUUUUGAAAAUUCAACAUAAUGCAAAAUUCAAGAAAAAAAUGCACUAUUUAAUUAUACAAUUUUAGAAGAAAUGCAUUCGUUGAUGUUUAUCAUGCGCUAAAAAGUUUGGAUAACGAUCAGAUUUAUAAUAUUUAAUCUGAAUAUAAGAAUUAACUGAUGUAUAACAUGAAUUAAUUAAGCGAAAAUGUAAUUAGACUGACUAAUCAUGGCUUGAAAUUGUAAAAGCCUAAUAUAGAGACAUUACUUGGCACAAAAGUGCUUUGAGAAUUAUCUUAGCGAAGAGAAUUAUCUUGGCGUAUUAUUAUUUCUACGUGAAACUUUCGAAUCAGUUUUAACGAAAGGAGGAACACCGAACGUACAUGCUCGUACAAUACGCAUGUCUCGUCGUUUUUAUUCAGAUAUUCGAAUCGAUAAUGUAUUUUAAAGACUCCGAAUAAUAUUUUAUCGUUUAAAUGAAAUUUUAUAAACAUAUUUAAUAACGUUGCAUCAACAUAUGUACAUGAAGAGUAAUUUAAUGAAUUAACAUUAUAGAAUAUAUCGCUUCUUUUUUUUCUACGAGAAGAAACGACAGUCUGAAAUACGCGUACAGGCCUCAUUUUUUCAUUAUCGCAUACUCGCGUGAAAUACAAUUGUGUCACUUAGACGCCAAACGCGUGACUGCGGUCCAACAUGUUACGUUAAAAUCCGCAUUGCGGUCCUCUAUUGCGAUUUUUCCUUAACCUUCGAAGUUAUAGUUUUUCAACCGCCGUGAUACAUAAUACGAUGUAUCAUUGGCUGUUUUGCGCGAGUAACGGCGAAGGACUUACUGUUACUGACAGCGAUCUGUUGAACGAGAUUUCGUAAUAAAUGAGAGAGCCUCAUGAGAGAGAGAGAGAGAGAGAGAGAGAGAGAAGAAGAGAGAGAUAGAGUCUCAAGGAGGUAAAGUAGAAGGAAGAAGAAAAAGAGAUCUCGAGGGCGUGUCCCCGACGGAACGCGGCUCGGUGGUGGAGUUGGUCGAUGCAGAACAAAGUGUGCAUAUCUCUGCGGAAAACGUUGGAACAAUUUUGAUGUAGCCGUUUCGUUAGGAUUUGAUACUAGCUCUGUAUACCGAUAUCUAUAUUAUACAAAUCACAUACGCGAGAUGGGACGAAUCAUGCGAGGACGAGGGGGAAGGGUAUGCGUCGACGAUAUCCCGCGCGCCUGAUCCUCAAUCGUGCGGGAGAGGCGCGCGGACGCGCCAAGAAAUUAACUGCCGUAUCGAAUCUCUCGGUCCAGAAGUACAUAAUAAACUAUCAUACUCGUCGAGGAAAAAAAAAAAAA